CAAGUUGAAACCCUAAUUCAGUAACUUCCCCCCACGGCUAUUUCUUCUCCGCCGCGAUCAUUCAUCAUUUCUUUCUUUCUUUCUUUUUUUUUAAAUAAUAAAAUUUGAAAAGCGUCCUUUAUAAAGCUCGGCUUCUAGGUAGGGUUUUUUUUCCCCAGUCCGAUUGACUAGAGAGAGAGAGAGAGGGGAGAGAGAAAGGAGGGCAAAAUGAAGACAAUCCUCUCAUCGGAAACCAUGGAAAUCCCUGAGGGGGUUAAGAUCAAGGUCCACGCGAAGGUAAUAGAAGUGAAGGGACCAAGGGGAAAGAUCACCAGAAACUUCAAACACCUGAACCUGGAUUUCGACCUCAUCUCCGACGAGACCUCCGGCAAGCGACAGCUAAAGAUCGAGUCGUGGUUCGGUUCUCGGAAGACCAGCGCCGCCAUCCGUACGGCGCUCAGCCAUGUCGAGAACCUUAUUUCUGGAGUAACCAAGGGAUACCGGUAUAAGAUGCGCUUCGUCUAUGCUCAUUUUCCCAUCAAUGCGUCGAUCACCCACGGAAACAAGUCUAUUGAGAUCAGAAAUUUCUUAGGCGAGAAGAAGGUGAGGAAGGUGGACAUGCUUGAGGGAGUUUCUAUCAUAAGAUCUGAUAAAGUUAAGGAUGAACUCGUUUUGGACGGAAAUGACAUCGAGCUUGUCUCUCGGUCCGCUGCUCUGAUAAAUCAGAAAUGUCACGUCAAGAACAAAGAUAUCAGGAAGUUCCUUGAUGGGAUCUAUGUCAGCGAGAAGGGGACAAUUCUUGAUGAGGAAUGAAACAGUAGAGACUGAUUGAAAGUUCUAGACUUCUAUUAGAUUUAUUUUUUGUUAAUUUUGUAGCUUUUUGUUUUCGGAUAUUGAUAGCGCUGAUAGGCUUUUUGACUGCUCCUGAGUAUUAUUUCAGCAGCUUCUAAAAGCAAUAUUUUGAAGAAUGAAUCGAUAGUUAUAAUAUGAAAGUUAUCACAAAUUCUGGAUGAUUAAAACGUAUUUCGUUUUAUCUUAUCCAUUUUCUUACUACGCCGUUCGUCAAAUAAUGUGGUGGAAGAUUUCUUUUUGUUAAGAUGUCCAUUUAUGAAAUGAGGCUGUAAGUUAUAGAAAACGUAUCUCUGGUUUUUGUAUGUCCAUCUUUGGACCCUUCUUCCCUUCCAAUAGUUUUU